UAUACUAAAAAAAUCUGGCAACUUCUGGACAUUUGGGUCAAACGAGGGUUGCGAAACGAGAUAUCAAUGGUGCCCAUCGCGAACAGAAAUAAGUUCAUCUUUUUGGGGCGCAUCUCAACCCAGUGCUGCUGCAACCAAGAGAUGCAUUGCUCUUGCCCUUACAACUUCAGUAAAUGCGAGUCUUGUGGACCAAACGUGUACCACCACUCUACCUUUCAUUUGCGAGGGCGAACCUCCUGCAUGCCAAGCAUCUUGUCCCAGAAACUGCUCAAAAGCAAAAGACCCUAAGCUGUUCAACAAAAAUGGAGAUCUAAUUGAUGUGAAUAAGUAUGGACGAUGGGCUGUCGGAAAUGGGCGGGCAUACCUGUUCAGCACGUCAGCAAAGAAAACAUGGAAUGACGCUUACACAUUUUGCUGUCAGUUGGGAAUGACCUUGGUAAAAAUGGAAACCAGCGCAGUCAUGAACACAAUCGUACAGUUGAACAAUAAUUUAACUGAUUUGAAGUACGUGCAAGAUUUUUGGACCUCUGGUAGCUCUCUUAAUUGUCCUUUUACAUUUGAGUGGUGCGAUACUGGAACGGCGAUCGCUGUAGAGGAUUCUAGUUGGGCCGCGGGGCAACCUAGUUUUGAUAAUGGGCAGCAGAUGUGUGUAGACUUAAAUUUGAAAACUGGAAGUCUAGUGGGGCUGGGGAAUUUAGAAGAUUGGACUUGCUCAACAACCAAAUCUUUUAUAUGCGAAGCUGAAAGAAAUAAAACAACUUGUGAUAAGGCUUUAUGCCCUGAGUAUGACUGCGUUCCUGAACCAGCCAAAGUGAACAUGUCGAAAAAUUGGCAAGGAGGUUUAGGAGGUAUUUUUCGCAGUGGCUGCAAUAGACAAUAUUUUUUAAGCACUGAUAAGAAAACUCAAAAAGAGGCUGCCAUUGAAUGUUGCAAAUACGGACUCAGCUUGCUUUCCGUGGAAACUUAUGAUGAAAUCAAAUGUCUGGUGGACAUGAAUAAUUGGUUUUUGGGCAGUGCGGCACCUUACUGGACAUCGCUGACCAACGAUGGUAUUGGGUGUGCACGAUCUCCCAGCUGGUGCCCCUCUGGAGCGCCAGUUACCAAGGAUAUUCCUUGGACUACUGGAGAACCAUCAGACCCCAUUAAUGAAAACUGUGCCGCUUUGUGGUAUUCUAAUUACGACUACAAAUAUACGGGUCUUCAAGAUUUUGCAUGCAAUGUACCUCAAUAUUAUAUUUGCGAGGGUGACGUACAACCUGAGUGUCAGCCGUCAUGUCCGGUGACCACCUGUACAAAAGAUAACUCGCUCUUUGGUGGUGACGGAAAAUUACUUAAUCCAAACACAUAUGGAGUAUGGAAAACUACGUGUGGUCGCCAGUACAUGUUCAGCUAUGCAUUUAAAACCUAUCAAGAUUCGUGGAAUUUCUGCUGCAGUAUUGGCAUGAAAUUAAUCAGUGUGGAAACCGCUGAUGAGUUAAAAUGCAUUCAUGAUUUAAAUAAUGCCGACAUGAAAUACGUGGCGGAAUAUAUGACUACUGGUGUUUCAUAUGGAUGCCCAUUUCUUUUUGCGUUUUGCGGAACCGACGCGAGGGUUUAUAAAAAUGAUACAAGAUGGGAACCACCUUAUGAGCCUAACAAUAAUGGUGGUUAUCAGUUUUGCCUUAUGCUUCACGUCGGCGUUGGAGCUGCAGGUGCAACUAAUUUUUGGGACUUGGCGUGUCCUGCUUCACGAUUUAUUUGCGAAGGUCCAGCUGUGUAGCUUGAAAUGUAAAUCAAUAUAUAAAUACUCAAGUUUUUCAAUGAUUGUAAUUACAUUGACACGUUUAAAUCAAGAAAUGCAAAUAAGUAA